UAAUAUUGGCAAUCAAAGGGUGAAACUGAAAGUAAUGCGAAGUGGGGUUUAGAGUUCAGAGACUGAUUGAUGGUGAAAACUAACUAAAAAUGAAGAUUACAGGCUCUCUAUUCAUAUUUCUCAUUUCUCUGGUUUCAUCAGUGGUCUGCAGUGAAGAUUCUACGGAGAGUUUGGCUUAUGGUCACCAUCACCGGAACAGUUUUCCGGCUGGAUUUAUAUUUGGGACUGCAUCAUCUGCUUACCAGAUUGAAGGUGCAGCAAAUGAAGAUGGUAGAGGACCAAGUAUAUGGGACACCUUCAGCCAAAAAUAUCCUGAGAAGAUAAAGGACCACAGUAAUGGAAACAUUGCCGUCGAUUCAUAUCAUAGGUACAAGGAAGAUGUGGCUAUAAUGAAGUCCCUGGGUUUUGAUGCUUACAGAUUUUCCAUUUCAUGGUCUAGACUAUUACCUCGUGGUCACCUUAAUGGAGGAGUAAAUCAAGCAGGCAUUAAUUACUACAAUAAUCUGAUCAACGAACUCCUAUUGAAUGGAAUCCAACCUUUUGUGACUUUAUACCACUGGGAUCUUCCACAAGCCCUUGAAGAUGAAUAUGGUGGUUUUUUAAGUGCCAAAAUCAUCAAAGAUUUUCAUGACUAUGCGGAGUUAUGCUUCAGCAAGUUUGGUGAUAGAGUAAAGCACUGGAUUACCUUGAAUGAGCCACUUGUCUCUGCAGAUGAUGGGCAUGCACGUGGCAUAAAAGCACCAGGCAGGUGUUCAAAGUGGUUAUCUCGAAACUGCACUGGUGGUGAUUCAAGUACUGAACCAUAUAUAGUAGGCCAUUACCAACUUCUUGCUCAUGCUGCUGCAGUUAAAGUUUACAGGGACAAAUAUCAGAUGUCUCAAAUGGGUCAAAUUGGAAUUACUUUAAACUGUGCCUGGAUUGUACCCAUGACUGAGUCAAGUCAAGACUCUAGUGCAGCAUCUCGAGGCAUCGCUUUCCAGUAUGAUUGGUUUAUGGAACCACUGAAGUCUGGCUCGUAUCCAGUUGAUAUGGUAACUCAUGUGGGAAAAAGAUUACCUCAAUUUUCUGCAGAGCAAUCCUUGAUGGUUAAAGGAUCUUUUGAUUUCAUUGGCCUAAAUUAUUAUACUUCAAAAUAUGCAACUGAUGUUCCUUGCAAAAGUGAAAACUUAAGCUUUUCCACGGACUCUUGUGUUAAGAUUACAACUGAGCGAAAUGGGAUUCCUAUUGGUCCAAAGACGGCAUCAGAUUGGCUUUAUGUUUAUCCUAGAGGAAUCCAAGAACUUUUGCUCUACACCAAGUACAAGUUUAACAAUCCAGCCAUUUAUAUAACUGAAAAUGGAGUUAGUGAGCUUGACACUGGUUCUUUAUUGCUUGAUGAUGACAUAAGAGUUGAUUACUAUAAUGCUCAUUUUUCAUUCAUAAAAAAGGCAAUCAUGAAUGGUGUCAAUGUGAAGGGAUUUUUUGCAUGGUCACUGGUAGACAAUUUUGAAUGGGAUGAUGGUUACAAAAUUCGUUUUGGAAUCAUCUACAUAGACUAUACAGACAGAUUGAAGAGGCACCCGAAAAAAUCAGCCUUGUGGUUCAAGGAAUUUCUUCAUUUCGGGAAUCAGACUCGACUAAAGAGACAAGAUCUUGCAGUUUAUUAAUUAGAUUGAAGAAAGAGGAAGUAUGUUUUUCUGGAACUGAAAAUUGUAUCAAACUAAGUAAAAAUAUAUCAACUUUCAGGACAAGUGUUCUUGCAAGUGAAGUAGCCUAAGCACAUGUCUAAACAGGCAAAGUCAGUGUUUUAAUAGGAUCUUUUAUCCAUUUUCCAUCGCAACCAUUCAUCGAAUGAAAUAGAAUGAAAUUACACAGAAAUUACUAGAUUAAUAUAUAAUUAAAGUGUAUUAUGUUGUU